UACAAGGGGUUGAACCUGCUCGCUGCCCUGUUCAGGCUCCGUAGGCGGAACCUUUCUUUAGGGCUGCAGGGACAGACGGUUUAGUUUACAUGCGAGAUAAGAGUGAUGGCGGCGGCGAGAGUGGCUGCGGCAGGACAGCUGAGGGUUUUACUGAGGCAGUUGACACAUCCUCAUCGUUUAUCCAAUGGAUCCCGGAGAUCAGUUUGCACGGCAUUUAAGGCUGCUGAUAUGCAGAUUGAACUCACUAAACAACCCAGAGAGAAGCCCGACAACAACACCCUGGUGUUCGGCAAGUCGUUUACAGACCAUAUGUUGACAGUGGAAUGGGACGCAGAGAAGGGUUGGAGCAAACCCCAUAUUAAACCUCUGCAGAACCUCUCCAUUCAUCCUGCAUCUUCAGUUCUGCACUACUCUAUAGAGCUGUUUGAAGGAAUGAAGGCUUUCCGUGGUGUGGACAACAAGAUUCGCAUGUUCCGACCGGACUUGAACAUGGAGCGGAUGCACCGGUCAGCGGUCAGAGCCUGUCUGCCGGAAUUUGACAAAGGAGAGUUGGCGGAGUGUAUUCGAAAACUGAUUGAAGUUGACAGAGAAUGGGUCCCGUAUUCUGAUAAAGCAAGCCUCUACAUCCGACCCACCUUCAUUGGCACUGAGCCUUCCCUCGGAGUGUCCCGAACUAACCACGCCCUACUCUUUGUUAUCAUUGGGCCCGUUGGACCCUAUUUUGCAACAGGAGGUUUCAACCCCGUCUCGCUGCUUGCUGAUCCAAAGUUUGUGCGUGCUUGGAAAGGAGGCGUGGGUGACUGCAAAAUGGGAGGAAAUUACGGCCCCACGAUCUAUGUUCAGAAUGAAGCUCUGAAGCAAGGCUGCCAGCAGGUGCUGUGGCUCUAUGGAGACGAGCACGCGGUCACAGAAGUGGGGACCAUGAACAUCUUCGUCUAUUGGAAGAACGAGCAAGGCGAGGUUGAAUUGCUCACUCCUCCACUGGACGGUACAAUCCUUCCAGGCGUCACGAGGCAGAGCUUGCUGGACCUGGCACGGCAGUGGGGAGAGUUUAAAAUUUCAGAGCGAGGGAUGACAAUGCCUGAACUAGUCAAAGGACUGCAAGAGAAUCGAGUGAAGGAAAUCUUUGGCGCAGGCACAGCGUGUGUUGUGUGUCCAGUCGAUCGAAUCCUUUACAUGAACCAGAACUAUCACAUUCCCACCAUGGAGAAUGGCCCCGAGCUAGCUAAAAGGUUCUUGAAAGAAUUGACAGACAUUCAGUACGGUCGGACGUCCAGCGAGUGGGCAAAGCUGGUCAUCUGAAUGAUGGAUAUCUGGUUUCCAUUCCACACAACCCUAAGCCAGAGGCAGCUCAGUCUGUACUGGGAAUGCUUUCAAUGCUUUGUGUGGCUUCUCAAGGGAAUAUCUUGGAGACUUUAUUAAUCUUGUCUGGUUGUAGAAUUAGUCCGGAAAGUGGAUUCAGCAGUGCUAUCUUGUUCUAGAUUCUUUGGUCUGCCGUAGUAGCCUUUAAUUGCUUAUCAAGUGAAUUGUUGCGCUUUAUAGGGAUGGAACUUGUUGCAACUUAAACAAUAAUCGGUAUCAGUGACUCUCCGAAUGCUCUUGAGACCCGUAGGACCCAGAGUUGGUUGUGGCUUUGAAGUGAAAAGCUGACGAUAUAUUGGAGGAAAUCGGUCGUGCUGGAAGAAGUCCUCAGCUCCUGUUUGCUGCUUCUUACGAUCAGGAAAUGCUGGGAAUCGGAGGGAGACUCGAAAACAGGAAAGACCAAUUAAUGGCUUUGAUCUGUGCUGUUGAAUCGAUUGGUUUAGCAUGGCCGUUCCUUCAGCCACCUGUCAACUGCCGACAUUUGAACAGCCGCCUUAUUGAAGCUCUUCAGCUUUUUCAUUUUAGUUCUCGCAGAGGACAUCAACUAGAGCCGUCUGAAUCAAAAGGAGUGGCGCAGCCGGUAGAGCCGCUGUCUCACGGCACCUGAGACCCGGGUUUAAACCUAAGCACAGACACUGUUUGCAUGGAAUUGCAUGUUCUCCCUCUCUUACUAAUGGGAGCUCCAGCUUCUUCCCACGUUUCUAGUACAAGCGUGUUGGUGGGUGAAUUAACACAGUGGGUGAAUUGCCCCUAGUGUGUGGCGGAGUAGUAGAAUCUCGGGCAGGGAGUUGAUGAGAAUGUAGAGAGAAUAAAAAAUGGGAUUGAUGUGGGAGUAUUGUUACAAUGUCUGACUUGGUGGGCUAACAUGGACUCGGUGGGCUGAAGGGCCUGAUUCCAUGCAGUACGAAGAUGUGUCCCUGAAUCUCUUGGCUCUGCUAGGUCAGUUGGGGAUGGGAGUAGAGAUCAGGCACAUUGAGGAUUCAUUCCCCUGGCUCCGCUGAGUUAAACAGCCUGACUGUAUAUCACUAAAAAUCCCCUUGCUUCUAAGAACAUCAGAAUGUCAUUAUGGCAAAUUAUCUUUUUAAUGUAAUUUUAUCUGGGAUCUGGACAUUGCUGGCAAGAUUGAUUGCAGCAUUAAUUUCCCUGAACUAAGAGGCGCGUUAGGUCACUGUCGAGUCGGUCACGUUGCAAUAGGCUGGACUCACACACAGACCAUACUGUGUAAUCGUGACGGAUUCCUUUCCCAAAGAUCACUAGUCAACCAGGUGGGUCUCUUCCACAAUCCAGUAGCUUCGUGGCCAUCAUUGCAAAGAAUUUAAAUCCCACCCAAGUAGGAUUUGAACCGGGUCUCUCUGGGCUUAGCCCGGGUCUCCAGCGCACUAGUUAAUUCAACCACUGUUACCAUCACAUGUUUUUGUACAGAAUGGUGUCAGAACGCACAAAACAAGUUGUAUUUUUUCUGAGUGGGACAGAAUUGGGGCAAAUCAGUUUUUAUAUGUACAAUGGAAGCAGAGCUAUGAUAGUUUUUUAAAAACGUAUGGCAGUCUUUUAAUGCUGCACAUUUGCACGUGUUACUGUGACUAGUGGUGGUGCUAAUAGCUUGUUGAUGGGGCUCAACGGUACAAGUAGUGCACACUUCAUCUCCCAUUGUGAGGUUUUUUAUGUCAAAGCUGCUUCAAGUGUAUUGUCGAACCUCCCCUCUUCUUGCUUGCUAAUCCAUAGCAACCUGUUAAGGUAACCCGUAUUAAACAACUGUACCCCUGUCCUCAGCCCCAGUGCAGUGAUUGCCCCAAGGAGAGGGGUUAGGGAACAGAAAAUCACACAACGGCUACACUUCUGUAGUCAUUCGGUCAGUGCUGAAGGAGGCCAAUAGGUUAAUGAUGGCAGAAAUGUUUCAUCUGUUUCAUGGUCAGUGUGGAGUCUUCCGCCAAUCAUGAAUCUGGCCUUUCUUGUUCCACUGUCACAAGAGUAUUUUCAGUGCUUUCCUUGUUUGUUUAAUGGGUUGACAUGGCCAAUGGACUGGGAAGAAUGAGACUGCAGCCACAUUAACCCCACUGAUGAGCAGCAGACGUUACUGAGACAGCAUCUCUAGCCCUCCAUGCAGUUAGCUCCAUCCAGCAGCCCUGUGUCGAGGAAACUCUGAAAUCACCCUUCCACAAGACCCAGGUUCCAUCCUGACCUCGGGUGCUGUCUGUGUGGAGUUUGUAUGUUCUCCCUCUGACCGCAUAGGUUUUCUCCAGGUGCUCCUGUUUCCUCCCACACUCCAAAGAUGUACAGGUUUGUAGUUUAAUUGGCCUCUGUAAGUUGCCCCCUAGUGUGCAGGGAGUGGAUGUAAAAGUGGGAGAAUAAAGAACUGCCCGUGAAUGGGUGAUUGAUGGUCGGUGUGGAAUCGGUGGACUGAGGAGCCUUAUUUCUGUGCUGUGUCUCUAAAACUAAAACUUAUCUGCAUUUCAUUGCAUGACCUCGAUGGGUUUGUGUGUGUGUGUAUGUGGUGUAUCUGUGUAUAUGUGGGUGUGUAUGUGGGUCUGUGUGUAAGUGGAUGUGUGCGUGUGUGCGUGCGUGCGCCUGUGUGUGUGUGUGCAUUGAGAAACCUCUGAACCAUUGCAUCUAAUGCAGGCUGCAUCAAUGUGCUUCUCCACUCAAAUGGUUAUAGGUUUCUCUGUCCGUCUGGGUACUGAUUAAGAGCCGUAGUGUAACAAGCUGAUCUCCGAGACCCUGUAGCAGGAUGCCAGUUUCACUUAAUCCUUGGAUGAGGCAGUGUGGUUUGAUGAACUGCAGCUUGGGACAACUGGGUAUUUUGGAUUUAGCCGUGUCAGUAACUGAAGGAGUCAAACUGGGUCAACUCAGAAAUAACUGUGCCAGUUAUGUCAUCGACAAGCUGCAUAAUAAACCCAUCCUUUAAAUCAUCUUCGGCACUGUUUUUACCCAGUGAUAAUUCUAAAGAGACAAACCACCAAAUUCCAGUUCUCAUUACCUGCCAGGUUAGUCUGAAGAAGGGUCUCAACCCGAAACGUCACCCGUUCCUUCUCUCCAGAGGUGCUGCCUGUCCCGCUGAGUUGCUUUUUGUGUCUAUCUUCAGGUUAGGUAAUGUGCUGGUAGAACAGCUGCCUCGCUGGUUCAGCCCCGGAUUCAAUCCUGACCUUGGGUGCUGUCUGUGUGGAGUUUGCCCAUUUCCCACCUGUGAUAGAGUGUGUCUAUCCCCCCCGGGUGCUCCAUUUUCCUCCCACACAACAAAGGCGUGCCACUGUUGGCAUGCAAAGGUUGGCCACUGUUAAAUUGCCUGAAGUAUGCAGGGAAUGGUAGAAUCUGUGGGAGUUGACAGGAAUGUGGGGGGGGUGGGUAGGGAAUAAAAUAGGAUUGGUGUCGGCGAGCUGUAAAGCAGUGCACAGAUUUGGAGGGCCGAAUGGCCUGUUUCUGUGCUGUACGAUUCGAUGACUAGUGAUUUACACAGUGAGAUGCUCAAUUUGGAGUUAGGGGAGGCAAGCAUGGAGCUGCAGGGAGUGCCUGUCAGAGGAGUCACUGCAUGAAAACGGGAAUGACAGAGGGACGGAGACAAGGUGGCUUCCUGAACGAGCCCAUUUUGCCCAUUUUCCAUGUCACACUGUAAAUGCCCUUGGUACGGACAGACAUUCCCUAUUCAGUAUCAAACUGAAGAAGGGUCCCGACCCGAAAUGUCAUCCACCCUUUUGCUCCUGAGAUACUACCAACCUGACUCCAGCACUUUGUGUCGUUCUUUAUUGGCGCUCAUCUUGACUAACAGUCAAGGUCUUUACCAGACCACCACCAGCAUCCGUGCUGUCUGAAGGAUGUUGGCAAAAUCCACAACCAACACCACAUGUGUCCUUGCCAAGGGCUUUCACAGUGGCCUUGUUCCACCAUCUCUAACUCAUGAAACGUCAUGUCAUGGCUCUGAGGGAGGCUAAUAGAUUGGAGCUGUUUGGGCUGAAUCCUGACUGUCAACAAAAUAUCAGUGAAAUUGCAAAGAAUCCCAUCUCCAAAACGUUCCUUCGGGAGGUUAAUUAAAAAUGCUUCCAGUAAACUCUGUCGAGGCUGCACCACGUUAUUCUGGUUUGCAGCGUGGCCAACAUCUCUUCCUAUUUAAUGUGUCUGGCAGCGUCCAUUUGGCUUUGAUCUUUACCUGUAAGUUGUAUUUUUGUUCAUCCAAGAGUAUAUUUAUACACCUUUGAAUUAUGUCUUUCAUUCCCAAGUGCUAUUUAUAAAUGUAUUUUUUUCUUUACAAAGGUUGUCAAACUCGCUUGCACCAUUACUAACACUAUAUUCCUUCAUUCUGCAAUAAAAUAAUUAAAAUGUG